AUGUCUUCCUCAUCUACCCCCGAAGCAUGGCCGAGCCAGCACCAGUGCGGCAGUGUCACCCUCGACAUGGACCACUUUAUCGAGGCGCCUUACGACUCAGACUCUAUUGAGCAGGUAAGCAUAUAUGACCAGCACCGCCUGCGCCUGGCCGAGCGGCGUAAGCCCGAUCGCCUUGUCCCGCGGGAGAAGGGCACCAAGGCUGGCCGCUCCGAGCUCGAGAAGCUUCACUACGGUUCGCCUUGA